AUGUUGCACAACAGGCAAAAUCCUGAUAAUCGUUUGCAAUCCCCUUUAUCAGCACAAGAGCUGAUAGACAACUAUCCAGGCAGUGGUCAUGUCGAGUGGGCAUUUGAUUAUAUAAAAACAAAUGGGAUUGCAUGCGAAGCUGAUUAUCCUUGGAAAGGAGAAAUCUCUGAGAAAAAUGAGAACAUUGUCAGUCUUGAGCCCGUGGUAAAAUAUGAUAAUGGUGGUACUAAUGAAAGUGGUCAUGCAAUGGUGAUAGUUGGACAGGGACAGAAUGAGUACUAUGAAAAAUACUGGCAUGUUAAAAAUACUUGGGGUGAAGGUUGGGGUGAUGAGGGUUACGCAAGACUGGCAAAGAGUGUCUCAGACCCUAACAGAGCCUACUAUCCCAUCUACUAUCCCUUGAUCCAUGAAGACUGA